CGCCUAAAACCGAUUUAUUUUGUGAAGACUGAAGUGAGCUGAGGAAAGAGAAACAAAAACAUUGAAAACAUGACUGAAUCUCCGUCACCUUUCAAUAAAGAGCUCCUUGACCGACUUACGACGGGUAUCAGUAAAAGUUUGGAAAAAAGGCCGGGAGUAUGUGACAUUGAACUGACUCGGAAGCCUCAAGUCCUUCGUCACCAGCUCUCGUCCUGGGAACAGCGCAACUCUGUCCUCCUGCCAGAAGACUUUAAGAAUUUGUAUCAGAUGACCGAUGGCAUGCUCCUACAGUGGAGUGUUAAAUUAGAUGGGGAUAAUACUCAGCCUCUCGGGAGAAUGGAGCUCAACUCACUUGCUGAUGUAACAAAGAUUGCUGGAGAAAAGAUUACAAGAAGAAACAACCCCACCCUAGCUGAUCUUGAUGAUGAUUCAGAUGGAGAACAAGAGACCGAUGAGACACCGAGCUUCGGCCCAACAAGUAGGAUCUUUGAGUUGGACCCUUGCCAAGGAAGCGGGAAGGUGUGUCUUGUCUACAGGAAUACUAAACCAGGUAGACCGGCUGAAGAUGCAGAAAUCUGGUUUCUAGAUACUGCCCUCAGAUGGCACUUUCUCUCCAGUACCUUCGCACAGUACUUCCGUCUCAUGAUGGUCCAUUUAGGGCUCCCUCAAUGGCAGUAUGCUUUCACAGAUGUUGGGCUCAGUCCUUCUGCUAGGCAAUGGUUCAACCUGUAUGGUCCUUACCGGCUGCAAACAGACUCUAUAUUGACGGAGAUGUUUGGACCAGACGAAGAGGCAGAGUGCGCCAUACCAGACGGUGUACCCCUACAGAAGCUGGACGCCACCAGGGUUUUCAAAGGGAAGUCCGAAAAGAAGAGUAAAGCAUCCUCGGGUCAGCUGAAAAAGAAGUCAGCACAGAACAAGCCAAUGUCUGGUGGACUGAGUGGACGAUCAACUCAGUUUCAGGGCAGCAGUCGAUUCAGAUGAUCCCAGAUACUUAAAGAUGCCACCAUUCUGCUGAAGAAUUGACUCUUCCAGACUGAGGGAUGCCUUUGGAGGUAUCAACAAGGCACUUCUUGAUGAAAGACUUCCUUUGCAUAUACAUCUGAGGGCCAUGAUGUGGUGAAUAAGUCGGAUAGUUGAUUGUUUAAAGUGAUAAGAAAAUGCAUGGAUGUUCUCUCAGCAACUGUCACAUAACUUUACAAUGAAGUGGUGGGUUAUUUUGCUAUGCCUCAACUAUCAAGUAUUUAUCCACUCUUGGCCACAGAAUUUUUUUUCUACAGCUUGGAGUAAUGGUACCAGGGGGUGUUUCACAAAGAUCCUAAGUAGAACUUAACACUAAGUUGUACUUAAAAAUUAUGGA